AUGUCUGAGACCACCAAGUACGGAUCCCUCCCAACCGAUGAAACCAUCUUGCCAGACAACUCCAAGAGCACUCGGCUCUGGAGAGUUGGAGUUCUUCUGGGCUGUUCGUGUGCGUUCAUAGCGAUCCUGAUGUCCAUCGCUGACAUGUCUCAGAUCUCGGCGAACGGACAAUCUUCUCCAGUCUCGGACUUAAUGUCGAAGAUGCCAAGAAGCCACGGCAUACUAGCCGCGAAGAGCCGCGCGAUUCAGAAGCCCUCGCUUCUGAAUCUUUUCUCUGAACUGUUAGAGACCAAUGCCACGAAUGAAAGCACGUCAUGUGAGGAUCUCGGUGGAGUUUCAAGUGCCGAAGGGAACUUCUGCUGCCCCAGUGGCUGUGAUCAGUGCAUGGAGCUGGACUGCAGCUCGACCAACUCGACCAACUCGUCCUGUUGCGGAGCCUUGACCCUGGAACCAUGUGGAGAGCCUCCGUGCUGGCUGAACACAUCGGGUCUGGAUGGCAACGGCUCUUCAUCAAACAGCACAGGAUCAGACAACAACUCCAGUCACCUCUGCUCAGGAAACGCCGACGUGUGGUCAAUGUCGAUAGGUUGCUGGUUGAAGCUUCACAAGGACCCCGAGGACAUCGAGGGCUGGUUGCAGGACCAUAGCAUUCUAAGCACUGAGCACUGGUACAAGCAUGUCAUGGAGAAUCCGAAGUUGAGGAGCGACUUUGAAGACUGGUUUGAAGAGCACAAGAACAAGGAUGGUUUUCAUAUGUCAGACUGGCUUGAAAAACAUGGCAUUCGCAGGCAGGACAAGGCAAUCCACGGCAGAUUGGAAAUCCUUGCCCAAGUAGCUUCGUCCUUGGUGGGAAGACGUGGAAAAUGUGGCAUGGUAUGCUGGCUUUCACAGUUCCGCAACGUUCAGAUCCUUAGGUCCUGGCCGAAGGAGGAGAAAGAAAGGAGGUUGAGAGUCCUGCUUCACUCGUUUCCCAAGCUUGCCCGGUACCUAGACACUGAAGAAUGGUACUCACAGUGGAAGAACUACACGCCUAGUAUGAGCAGGUGGUACGAGGAACACAAGAACUACGGAGUCGACGCGGAGAAGUACUACCAGGAGCACAAGAACUACACGCCUAGUAUGAGCAGGUGGUACGAGGAACACAAGAACUACGGAGUCGACGCGGAGAAGUACUACCAGGAGCACAAGAACUACACGCCUAGUAUGAGCAGGUGGUACGAGGAACACAAGAACUACGGGGUCGACGCGGAGAAGUACUACCAGGAGCACAAGAACUACACGCCUAGUAUGAGCAGGUGGUACGAGGAACACAAGAACUACGGAGUCGACGCGGAGAAGUACUACCAGGAGCACAAGAACUACACGCCUAGUAUGAGCAGGUGGUACGAGGAGCACAAGAACUACGGGGUCGACGCGGAGAAGUACUACCAGGAGCACAAGAACUACACGCCUAGUAUGAGCAGGUGGUACGAGGAACACAAGAACUACGGGGUCGAUGCGGAACAGUGGUAUCAGGAGCACAAGGAUUAUCUUCCGGAUGCUGAGGUCUGGUACCAUGCUCAACGGGCGGACCCGCAGGCCCUGCUGAGCACGAUGGAGGAGAUUCUUCUGUGGGAGAGUGUGAAGAGCCUGGAAGCUCGCGCACUCCGGAAGAAGCUCGAGCGCAAGUUUGCUCGCAUGCAGAGACAUUCAGUGCUGCAGCAGACUGGAGGAAACUCCUCCGCGGGGAACGAAUCGGGACAGUUCGAUCUGAGCAGCUGGCUGGACGAGCAUCACGAGUUCGACGUGGACGCUUGGCUGAAGGAGCAGCAGCAAUUCCCCUACGUCUCCGAUGGUAACGGCAGCAGCGUGCAGAUCAGAGACCUGUCGCAAUGGCUGGAUGCUCAAGUUAGCUUCGACCUGGAUGACUGGCUGUCAGGCUACCCAGACCCCGAGGACUUGGAAGGCUGGCUGGCCAACUCCUCCUCGACGAGCAGCGUCAACAUGAGUGGAUGGCUGGACGAGCAUCCCCUUCCAGAUGUGGAGAAGUGGUUAGACCAGCAGGAGGGGAACCGCUCUAGCGCGUUCAACAUGACCCGCUUCCUUGACGAGCAGCCGUCCGUGGACAUAGAAAAGUGGUUGGAGGACCAUCCUCUGGAAGAUGACGAUGCCUGGCUUGAGAAGCAGGAGAAUGCCUCUGAUGCAUUCAGCCUGUCAAAAUGGCUGGGGGAGCAGCAGGAGGUCGAUAUCAACAAGUGGUUGCAGUCGGCUAGAUCCGAGACUACAUCCUCUCAGAUCCUCCUCAACCGCAAGCAAGCCCGUAGAGCUGCCAAGACAGCCCUCAAGCAGAAGAGCUUGAAGAUGCAGCUGGCUCAGGGAGGCAACUACACCGCCGGGAGCGCGUUCGAUCUCAACGCUUGGCUUGCGGAGCAGCCAGACUUCAAUCUCGAGGAGUGGCUGGCGAACAAUUCAGGAGGCGGCAACUCGUCGAUCCCCCUCCCUGAAGACGACGCCGCUGACAUCACUCCCAACGGUCUGUGCUGCUGCGGUUUGUUAUGCGAGGAGAUUGCGGCAAGUUGCUGCGGGGCAUGGUACCCGGUAGAGAAGCAGAAGGGGGAUAGCAAGCUGCUGCCGGAGGGUUUGCAGAAGCUCAAGCAGAGCAUGGAGAGGCGAAGGGAGCAGCUUGCUAGAAGGAAAGGACAGGCUAGCCAGACAAAAGCUGUCCAAGGGAAGACGUCGCAGAAGGUGGUGGGCAAGACCGGCAAGUUUGCCUCCCUGGCCGACAUGCAAGCCCUGAAGUCGAUGCUGAGCAACGUGUUGAAGAGUCUCAACAAGGAGGAAGGGAAGGAGAAGAGUCAGAGGAUGUUGACUAGGAAGAAGAUGUCUUUGCUUGAAGGGAGCACGAACGCCACUGAGGCAGGACACGGUAGUCAGAGUGGAAACAGCAGUGAAACAGAAGACGAUAGCUCUGAGGGAAUUGGGGGAGAUCUCAAGUUCGGAGCAAGAAUUCGCUUCGGGGAUGGAGUGGUCUUCGGCAACAACAUCUCCUUCGGUAGCGAGGGCGACAAGUUCGGCAGUGACGAGAAGUUCGGGAGCUUCGACGAGUUUGCGAGCCGCUCAAAGUUCGGGAGGAACGCCAAGUUUGGUGACGGCAACAAGUUUGGUGACAAGAGUUCCUUCGGAGAGGGGGCGGAGCUGGGCAACGACAACGAGGUGGGCGCCAACUCGAAGUUUGCGGCGGAUGCUCAGCUGGGAGAUGACAACUCGAUAGGGCCUCAUGUCGAAUUCGGCAGCAACGCCCGUCUUGGCGCUCGUAACCAGAUUGCCGACCACGUCACCUUCGCCUCGUCACUUCAUGCUGGUCAAGGAACUUCCUUUGGCACAGACGCCAAUCUCGGACCUCACGCUGUCCUUGGAGCGGCUUCAAAGAUUGGAGAAGGAGCACAGCUCGGAGCCGGAGCAUCGAUCGGACCGGGCAGUGAGAUCGGGGAUGGCGCAACUUUCGGCGAAGUUGCCAAGAACAAUCAGGAGGACGAUGGCGAAUCGGGAUCUCUCAAGCAACAAGUUUACAAGCCUGAUCCGGGCUCAGGCUUCAUGAGGAAAGGAUCUCCGCAGCUAGAUUCUAACGCAGGAGGAAGAAACUACUGGCCCGUUGCUGUGUCAGAUGAGCAGGAGGAGAAGUACAACGCCACGAGUGUGCAGGAGGAGGAAGCUUGA